GGCGGUCUUGAUACAUUACUCACUUCGCACAUCAGAAAAGGAAAAUGGCAAGUGGUUUUGGAGUACUUGGAUGGCCUUCCUCGUUUUGUGCAUUCAUCAUUGCCCACCUUGGAUGAUGCUCAAGAUGACGAGUGGAUCGGCCUUCCAUUGUGUUACAGUUCGGAAUCAGGCACAUUGAAUUGGUGGCCAACGGACGAAGAUCAUGAUUUGGUCAUACUCUGUAAGGCAAUCUCCCAAUCCUCCGCUCCCUUAAAAAUAACAAGAUUGAUCCUCUCCAGGAGUCCCAUAAGUGAUGAAGGUGUGAAGAAUUUAUCUUUAGCUCUUAGUCACAGUGAUCUAAACAGGUUGACCCUUGAUUACAGUAGUUUAUCGCAACAAGGAAUCAAGCACUUGUACAAGGCGAUAGCUUAUAGAAAUUGCAAGAAAUUAACCAGUUUAAGUGUCAGUGGCAAUCACUUUGGGGAUAAGGGAAUCACGCACAUUUGUGAAGCACUAGUUAGCAGUAACUGCGAGCUAACUAGGCUGGAUUUGCGUGUCAAUUCUCUUGGAAAUGAAGGGAUGAAACUCUUGUCUGAAGCAAUAACCUCGGGUAAUUGCAAACUAAUGUUCUUGGAUGUCAGUUACAAUAACGUCGGAAAUGAAGGAUUAAAGCACUUGUGUACAACAUUAAUCAGUAGUGCAUCCAAGUUGACUAGCCUUAACAUCAGACACUGUCGCGUUGCCGAUGAAGGAGUGAAUUAUUUGUUUAAUGCUCUGACUGAUAUCAACUGCAAACUAGGCAAUUUAGACCUUAGAGGCAAUUCAAGUAUUACUGUUGAAGGGAGGAACUACUUGUCUGAUGCGUUGACUGGCAGUGACUGGAAAAUAAAAGGUCUAAAGUUUUUCCGUUCAACUUCAAAGUGAGGUCUCUGCUUAGAACAGAGCCCAGUCCUUGUCUUGUAAGAUGUUUCACUCGCAUGAGAGAUGUUCUUAGUUUUCAUUAUAAUUAUUUAGGUACGUGAUCAUCUAAGUGUUUGGGUCACCGUUAUGACUUUGUUUAUCGAAGGGAAUAGUUUGACUGACAUUGUGGGAAUCAGAACGUGGCACGGGGAGCGAGAAAAUCUGACCCCCCUGUCCCCCCCCCCCUCACUUUAAAAGUAUCAAAAUGUACUGGAAUUUAUGUUUUUAAAAUGUCGUAUGACAUAGUUACGUUAACUAUGCAAGCAAUGGUUUUUUUUAACAAUUUUACUACAUAUUCUAGAAAAGUUGUCUCAGCGUUCCUAUUCCAACUUUUCGUAGUGAAAUUUACAUUUCUUAGUGAAGUAGUGUUAUAAAAUUACCUCGGACAACUUUGUUCAAAAAGCAACAGUUGUAAUUUUUAAUUAAGUGACUUAAGUAU